AUGGGACGGACGCCCUGCCAUUGCCAAGGGAUAUUUCGGUUCCAUGGUCUUCCAGCAACACAAGCUUCACCGCCCUCCUCCUUCGCCGGCUCGCCGCGGCAACAUGGACACGGCCGCGGCGCCUCCUCGCACCUCCUCCUCCUCGCCUUCGCCUCCCUCCUCCUCCUCCGCGCUCCGCGGGCCGCAGCGCAGCCGUGGUCGUCCUGCGGGAGCACCGGCAAAUACACGGCCAACAACGCGUACCAGUCCAACCUCGCGAGCCUCGCCACGGCGCUCCCCGCGAACGCGUCCCGGCCGGGGACCCUCUUCGCGGCGGGGAGCGCCGGCGCCGUCCCGGACACCGUCCACGCGCUCGCGCUCUGCCGCGGGGACACCAACGCCACGGCCCGCGGGUCCUGCGUCGCCACGGCGUUCCAGGACGCGCAGCAGCUCUGCCCCUACGACAAGGACGCGGCCGUGUACUACGACGCUUGCUACCUCCGCUUCUCCAACCAGAACUUCCUCGCCAGCACCACCAACAACGAAGAUCCCAUGAUCCUCUUGAACUCGCAGAACGUGAGCUCGCCGGUCAAGGCGUUCGACGCCGCCGUUACCGUGCUCCUCAACGCCACCGGGGACUACGCGGCGGCGAACUCCACCAGGCUGUUCGCCACGGGAGAGGAGGCGUUCAACCCCACCGCCCCCACCAUCUACGGCCUCACGCAGUGCACGCCGGACAUGUCGCCCGCCGACUGCCGGAGCUGUCUUGGCGGCAUAAUUUCCAUGAUGCCGCAGUACCUCAGCGGCCGUCAGGGCGGGAGGGUUAUCAGGAUGCGGUGCAAUUUCAGGUACGAGGUCUAUUCUUUCUUCUCCGGAGGCCCGUCGCUGCGGCUGCCAGCGCCGUCCACGCCGGCGCCGGCGCCGUCGCCAAUUAACGUGACACCGCCGGCAGCCCCACCAGGAAGAAGCAAAAACAAAACGGGAGUUGCAGUAGCAAUUGCAUUGCCAAUAGUUGCUGCGGUGCUAGCUAUCAGUACUGUUUGCAUCUGUUUCCUGUGGAGGAGGAGAAGACCAUCAAGAGAGCAGACACCAUCUUAUUCAACCAAUGCUGAGGACAUUGAAAGCAUCGAUUCACUUCUUCUUGAUAUAUCAACUUUACGCUCUGCGACUGAUAACUUUGCUGAGAGCAAUAGGCUUGGUGAAGGAGGUUUUGGUGCUGUCUAUAAGGGUAUUCUUCCUGAUGGCCAAGAAAUUGCAGUGAAGAGGCUCUCACAGAGUUCAGGCCAAGGAAUGCAAGAGCUGAAAAAUGAACUUGUUCUGGUUGCCAAGCUGCAACACAAGAAUCUUGUUAGGCUUGUUGGUGUUUGCUUGCAAGAACAUGAGAAACUGCUUGUGUAUGAAUACAUGCCCAAUAGAAGCAUCGACACCAUUCUUUUCGAUCCUGAGAAAAGCAAGGAGCUAGAUUGGGGAAAGAGAGUCAAGAUAAUAAAUGGAAUUGCUCGAGGAUUACAGUAUCUCCAUGAAGAUUCUCAGUUGAAGAUUAUUCAUCGGGACCUCAAACCGAGCAAUGUCCUUCUAGACUCUGAUUAUACUCCUAAGAUUUCAGAUUUUGGAUUGGCUAGAUUAUUUGGAGGGGAUCGAUCACGGGAGAUCACAAGUCGAGUUGUCGGAACAUAUGGAUAUAUGUCACCCGAGUAUGCCAUGCGUGGCCACUACUCCAUAAAGUCAGAUGUGUUCAGCUUUGGCGUCUUGAUUCUAGAAAUCUUAACCGGAAGAAGAAGCAGCGGCUCCAUUAACAUCGAGCAAUCUGUUGAUCUCUUAAGUCUUGUUUGGGAGCACUGGACUACGGGAACAAUUGUGGAGAUUAUGGACCCAUCUCUGAGAGGCAAAGCUCCUGCAGAACAGAUGCUGAAGUGUGUCCACAUCGGGCUACUAUGUGUUCAGGAUAACCCGGUUGACAGACCGAUGAUGUCGACAGUAAACGUCAUGCUCAGCAGCGGCACUGUCUCUCUCCAGGCUCCAUUGAAGCCAGUAUUUUUCAUUCCCAAGAGCGGUUACUACUCAACUGUUUAUUCAGAAUCAUAUCCGACAGCUUCCCAGUCCACCGGUAAUGGUAAAUCAGGGGCGAUGUCACCGAAUGAAGUGUCAAUCACAGAACUGGAACCAAGAUAACUCAUCAAGCAAUUCUUAUGUUGCCAGGGCAAUUGGAUUGUUGUUGUGGCAAUAAACUCGGUGGGCUACAGGCAAGGCCCUGGCGUUUUACUGAAUUUUGAGUUACAGUUGCAGUGGCCUCCUCAUCCUAUUGUAUGUCUUGUUUUGUAGAACUCCCUUCAGCAGGGAAAUCUGAAUCAAUAAGAACGUCUUGAUGUAUAAAAAAGUCAUCAAACCAUGUACCUACCGAGUUAUAUGCAUAAGUUAGGUUCCUUGUGAUGGAAUUUGCCCAUCAAAUUCAAGACUUUGACUCA